CCAAGGUAGGUUGCCUAGUGAUCCUGAGGAAGCUGAUGUGUUAUUCCUUCUCUGCAUCGAAGGAUCAGGAAGUUUGUGCUCUCUGCUUGGCUGAGAAGUUUUUCACCUACUAGGACGGGGGUGGGGUGGGGGAACAGGUGUUCUCCUAAAACAGAGUACAAGCUGCAGCCUGCGUCCACCCGUAACCCAGGAGUAACAUCAGAAACAGGUAAGAAUGACCACUUUAACUCAUCGAGCCCGUCGAACUGAAGUAAGCAAGAACUCUGAAAAGAAGAUGGAAAGUGAGGAAGACACUAAUCAGGAAAGGAGUCCAGACGAUGAAGACUCUGGAGACUCUAAGGAUAUACGCCUCACCCUUAUGGAAGAAGUAUUGCUCCUGGGACUAAAAGAUAAAGAGGGUUACACAUCUUUCUGGAAUGACUGCAUAUCAUCUGGCCUACGAGGGGGCAUCCUGAUAGAGCUGGCUAUGCGGGGUCGAAUCUGUCUUGAACCCCCCACCAUGCGUAAGAAGCGACUAUUAGACAGAAAGGUACUGCUAAAGUCAGACAGCCCAACAGGUGACGUUUUACUGGAUGAAACUCUCAAACACAUCAAAGCAACUGAACCCACAGAAACUGUCCAAACAUGGAUAGAGCUGCUCACUGGUGAGACCUGGAACCCCUUCAAAUUACAGUACCAGCUAAGAAAUGUACGAGAGCGAAUUGCAAAGAACCUGGUAGAGAAGGGUAUUCUAACCACUGAGAAGCAGAAUUUCCUACUAUUUGACAUGACUACUCAUCCAGUGACCAAUAUAACAGAGAAACAGCGACUAGUGAAAAAACUUCAAGAUAGUGUACUAGAGCGGUGGGUAAAUGACCCUCAGCGUAUGGACAAGCGAACACUAGCACUCCUGGUGCUAGCCCACUCCUCUGAUGUGUUAGAGAAUGUCUUCUCCUCUCUGACAGAUGACAGAUAUGAUAUAGCAAUGAAUCGAGCCAAGGACCUAGUAGAACUGGACCCUGAAGUGGAGGGGACAAAGCACAGUGCCACAGAGAUGAUCUGGGCUGUGCUGGCAGCCUUCAAUAAAUCCUAAAGUCAGCAGGUUGGUUUCUCCUUUUCCCCUGCUGACUGGUGACUGUCAGAGACCCCAUCGCUGAGUUUUGUGUGAUGAUAUGUUUCAUCAUUUUUUCUCUUGAAUCAGGCUCCUGAUUUAGGGAGAGCAUCUUCAGGGCUUCUCCAUAGACAUUGAAAUCAACCAGAUUUGAUUUCUCCCUUUACUUCCACUCCAUAGGGGAAUAAACUCGGUGAACCCACACACAUCCAAUAAACAUAUUCUCCCAUUUCUUGGUUUAGUUUCAUCCAUUGUGCUUUUGGAUAAACAAGAAUAUCUAAGUGUAAUCUGGAGUUCUCCAGCCACAGAAUGUGAAUGAGGUGAAGAGCAAACCAUUUAUUAUAUUUUUCUAAGUUUGUUUUCUAUCUUAAAUAUAUGUUUUCACAGCUUUUUGCUCUGCUAAAUAUUGUAGCUUAUUGAAAUAACUGUCUCUUUGAAUAAGGGGCAAUGGAAACAAAACUAAUUUUUGGAAUGGAAGGUCUCUAGUGUCCUGCUAGUGAUUUUCUCAUCUUUCCUUUUCUAACCUAAUGAGAAUGUCCUAAAUUUGAUUACUUGUAUCUCACGAUCCUAGAGCCAGAAAUACAUUCUGUACUCCCUCUUAGCAUUAUCCUGCUCCUUCAUUUAUUAGGACAAAAGUGUAAAUGAAAAAGUGUGUCUCUCAACCACCUCCUUCAUGCAAUCAGCAUUAGAAUUUAUAAGAGAGGAACAGGGGAGGUGGCAUGAAAAUUUCCAUGUUUUAGCACAUGACCGUCCUGUUUCCUCCAGACUACUUUAAAUGUUUCUGCUCUGAUUGAAUGGAGGAAAUCGUAAGUUUCAAUUGCUGAAUAUCAGUAUAUAUGUGAACUCCAGAUCAUCUUGUUCCGUAUUUUUGGCUUCCUACACAAAUUGAUAAAUUGUCUUUAUUUAAGGGUUCUGGGAAUAGUUUUGUCUAUAUUUAAUCCACAGAUACUCCCCUAGUCAUCAGUCUUGUCUCAAAAAAAUAAAACCAUCUUUCUGGCCAAAUCUCUAAAACAUUUUACAUGUCAGUAGUUAGGGCAAGAAGCUUUAUUAAGAAAGAUCCUGUUUAAAUUCGAGGUUACAGUGAGCUGUGAUUGAGCCACAGCACUCCAGCCUAGGCAACAGAGUGAGACCCUGUCUCUAAAAAAAUAGAAGGAAAGAUCCUAUUUAGACAGCUAAUUUGGAAUUUGGUAUCAAAAGCAUGCUGAUAUAAAGUCUAGUAUUUAAGGAUAUAAAGAGGACAGGCACUGAAUUGUGCUAAUGUCAAGCAUUUAAUACAUUAAUUGGAUACUGUCUCUUGACCAUUACAGACAAACAGGCAGUCAAAGAGCUAAUACAGAUGUCCCAGACUGGACAUCAAGUCCUCCUGAUCAGAGUAAUUAUUCAUUUAUCCCCUCUGCCAAACCUACUUAGCCCAACAAAAAUUCCCUAGUUCAGUUAACAUUUUUUUCCACUUCAUUUAUCUCUUAGGUAAAUAGAGAUAUAAACUGUAAUGUAAAACAAAUUCUAAAUAUGAGGCUGAAUAGAGCUUCAGUCUAGCUCUCUUCAAAGUACAGAAGCCAGUCCAUGUGUUUUCUCUAUCUGACUUAGCUUUUCUUUCCAUUUGAACAAUUCAGGAUGAAUUGAAACCAGGUUUCCUGUGGAAAGUUUUAGCUUGAUUGGAGGAUAGAAGUUGAGUUGAGUUCUUUCUUGCAACUCUAAGUCAGUGUAUAUUUUUAUACUAAUAUUAUAUCUCAAUAAGAUGAGGAGGUCUUCAGUUUGAAUCUACGUAAUGUUCACUGCCAAACACUUUCUCAUUUAAUGCAUACAGCCUUCACAUUUCUGUAUAAUAAAAAUCUAUUACUGGC